UUGUACUCACUCACCAUCAAAACACACUUGGUCUAUUCUUUGCCCCACAUGUCUUUCAUCACCACUCUCUUCUCCCUCUCCGCCCAUAAUAAAUACCCUCUCAACUCAUUCUUCCCCAUCACCACUUUCAUGUCUUUUCUCUUCUCCUUGCCCCUCUCCUCUCUCUUUCCCCCACCACCAAAAUCUAUGGCUAUAACAAAACCCAACAAGUUGCCUGGCCGCCAAACUGGAGCUCUCAAACAAAUGCUCAAGAGAUGCUCAAGUCUUGGGAAGAAAAUAGGGUAUGAUCAGCAACAAGGGCUUCCUGAUGAUGUACCAAAAGGUCACUUCGCUGUGUAUGUUGGGGAGAAUAGAAGCAGGUAUAUUAUUCCAAUAUCAUGGUUGGAUCACCCUGAGUUUCAGAGUUUGCUUCAAAGAUCUGAAGAAGAAUUUGGGUUUCAACAUGCGACGGGUCUUAGAAUUCCUUGCGAAGAAGUUGUUUUUCGCUCCCUCACAGAGAUGAUCGGAUAAGAUAUGGAGGGACUAGUAAUGAAGAAAGAUAUUUGAUAUAUAGGGUCGUUUAGGAGAUUUAGAAUUAUCACAUCAGCAUUUUAUAGUUUUUGAACACUUAGACUUUGUUCGGUUGGUAACUCACUGGAUAAUUUAAAAUUUUCAUUUUUCUUAACUUCCUUUGAAGUUAAAAACCCAUUUUCUCUUGGUGCCGGAAAGUUUGCUUCUUUAAUCUAGUUAAAAUUUCUAAGUCCUAAUAAUCCAUUUGAACCAAACUAGGGUUAGAUGUGCAUGAAUAGUAUCACUUUCUUGUCAGUGGAGCUAAGGUUCUUGGCAGUUUCAGAGAUGCAGGGUUUUCUGCUAUGUCGCUGGGCUGAAAUACAAAAAGCUUCCAAUGGUGCAAGUGCAACUACUGAGAAA